CAGCACAUCACUACAACAAAAGACAAAUUUUCAUUUGUUUUUAAUGUUUUACACAAAUAUAAAUAAGUGUAUGGAAUAAGCCACGCGUUCAAUAGCCAAUAACAUUGCAAAUAAAGCAACAAAUAUCCUAGUCAAUUUAUACAAUAUAGUAGUUUAGCAAGGUUAUCAUUUGCAAAGAUGUUUAUCUAAAAAAAAUCGAACGAAUUGAUUAAGUAUUACAAAAUUACAUUGAAUAGUUGCUAAGUAAACGCGUUUACUCGAGCAAUGGUUUCGGCAAUACACAAACGCCUGGGGGCUUUAUUUAUCGUGUUAAUAUUUUUGUACCUCUACAUGCGCUUUUUUACGAAUUAUGUUGACUUUACCUAUUUCCACCAAACCCAUGAACGCACAGCCGGAACGCCCUUAUUAGUGACGGUGUAUUACGAGGCACUAUGUGGUGAUUCUAAGCAUUUUAUAAUCAGGCAAUUGUUACCAGCUUUUAAGCAAGCUGAGCCACUUAUGGAAAUUCAAAUGAUACCUUAUGGCAAGGCAAAAACUUUCACGGAACCAGAUGGCACAUAUCGUUUUGAAUGUCAACAUGGAAGUGUCGAAUGCGAAGGAAAUAUGUAUCAUGCAUGUGCUAUUGAAGCGAUUGAAAGUACAAAGGAUCGACUUAAUGUUAUUGCUUGUAUGAUACGUGAUAAUAGAGCGCCCAAGGAAGCUAUGCAUAAGUGCUCCCGUCAAUAUGGCAUUGAAAAUACUGAUCUCAUACAGAAAUGUUUCAAUAGCAGCCAUGGCGGAGAAUUGCUAAAACUCUACGGUGAAGCUACGGAGGCACUUCGGCCGCCAGUUAAAUUCAUACCUACUAUAACACUAGAUGGAUCCCAAUUUCGACAGGCAACUAUUCUAAAAGAUCUACUAGGUGAAGUUUGCAGAACUCUUGGGGAGACAGAGCAAACGAAAAAGUAUUGCAUUUCAUAAAAUAGCGCGGUGGAAAACUUCCUAAAGAAUAAACGUGCAUAUUUUAUUACCACAUAAAGGCCAGAAAUAUGUGUAAGCCACCUUGUCACGAUUACUAAGACAUUAUUGCAUUUCAACAAAUUUCUCAAUAUCUACUUUCCAAUAUUGAGGUGUAUUAGUGCAAGAAAUCCUCAGCCUGCACAAAACAAACCAUUUUAAAAAUUUUAGUCAUAGAUGUACAUACAUACGUAACCCAAUUGCAUACUCAUUAAAGUGACAAAUGUAAAUACAUACAUGCGGAAUUAUUAUAAAAAUUCAUAUAUAUAUAUUUUUCAGAUAUACAAGUGCCGUGUAAAGCAUUUUAUUUGAGAGAAAUUGAAUAAAGUAAAGCAUUUAGUUACGUUUGUGAA